CCGGAAGUACUAUUUUCUUGUUGCUGACGGGUGCCAAUUUAACUUGCAUUGUGCCUUAGGCUUGUUAUCAACACGUUUCAGUCAUGGACACAUUUGGAGACGAAUUUAAUAAGUAUCGUUCGCCGCUGGUGUCACGAUAUGCCAGCAAGGAAAUGGCCUAUAAUUUCAGUGACAGGAAGAAAUUCACAACAUGGAGAAAACUGUGGAUCUACUUGGCCAAAGCUGAAAAGGUGUGAGCUAUAAUUAGCAAUUUAGCUAGCUAGCCAGCUAGCUGUAAUCUUGGCAAGUUAUCAUGAAUGAGCAUGCAUGCCCUUGUCUAUGUUUUUGUAGCUAUCUAGGUAUAGUUUUCCAAAUAUAUUUAGCACUUUCUGCUGCAAAAUGAAGUCUAUUUUAACUUUGCGACCUUGAGAGAGUUUUCUCAAGUUCCCUGCUCUAAUUAUAGGAGGAGCAUACAGUAAACAUCAUCAAAAUAUACUGUAUUUGCCUUACAAGACAGAAGAUGCAAACCAAACAAACUAGCUAGUAGGAUGCAGUGUCUUGUGAUAAGCUGUGUAGUAAAAAAUAAACAAAAUACAAAAUAAAAUUGAUGCAUUGCAAGGUUGUGGAUUGGGGAUACAACAAUGCAUGUAGCUAUUCAUCAACAGUACCCAGUUGCCUAAGUCAGGAAAAUGACUGGGAAGGUUGGUAAAGUAAGUUACACUAGUCAGUACUUCAGAUGUAUGCCCAUAUCGUCAAUGAAUCUAGCCUCUCUUUAACUUGAUGACAGGGUUCCAAAUCUCUUUCAGCUAGUUCAGUGACCACACUGCAAAUUCCAAUAUUCCACUGCUGUUGCGCUAAACUACUUGGAAACUGGAUAUAGAUUUCCAGCUAAUCCACAUGAUAAACAAACCUGCAGACUGUGAAACCUAGAUAAGUGUUGUCCAGCAAAAACCUUUAAGAGAAAAACACUAGGCUAUUUUUGAUUAGCUUAAAGAGAAAAAUGACUUCCACCACUCUUCUAAUUUACAGGGAGUGAGUGAGUGUGUGUGUGUGUGUAAUUAACGUUACUAUCAGACAGACCCUCUGUCACAUGCAUCAGCUCAUCUGAUCUGUUAGUGGAAGGGAAAUGGACUACACAAAGGUAAGGUUAUAGGCAGGGCCUAGCCUAUGGGCAAAAAGUACAAAAUACAGAUACAAAAUACCAUAAAGAUCAAUGUUUCAAAAUACUUGGACAAAUAUAUUUGCAAGUAGCCGGCCCGAACAGCAACAACAUUCUCAGUAACUGUUUUACUUUUACUGUGAUAUGUUGUUGUUUAACUACCUUAGUUGAGCAAGUCACUCUGGUAAGCAUGUCUGCUAAAUCACCAAAAUGUAAAUGGAUAUGGGAAAGUGAACAUACCAAAAUGAACUACACAGCACACAGUGUAUUGUUUUGGGGCAGAGCUAUUAGAAUAAUACUCAACAUGCUUUGCAAUUGUUGCAAUUUCUAUAUUUAGUGCUAUCCGACUUCUGAUACCAAUGCAGGGUGAAAGUGGGGCCACAAAAAUGGUAUAGAAAAGUAUUUUGAAAAUACAAAAAUACAUUGGACUGUAGUUCAGCCCAGUGUAAUUCAAAUGACAAAAUACUCUGAAGGAAUUAAAAUACGUAUUUCAAAUACAUGUAACAGAAAUACUGCCUAUGGCGCCUUUUAGUAGCUCCACCCAGAGCAGGUUUGGCUCCAAUGUCUCUCUGUUGAAAUCUGCUGGGGUGGGGUUUGUGUCAAAAAUAGCCAGGCCAAAAUGUCAGGGUAAUAGGACACCCCCUGAGAGUUAGCGUCUACUCUCUUCACUCUCCGUCCUUCUCCUUGGCCCUAAGUAACCCCUUCUAUGUUUUCAGAUAUGUAAGUUGUAAACUCCACCACUGCACUGCUUAUAGCCUACCUAUUCAGAUCCAAGGAAAAAACAUUUAAGUGUUACUUAUGGCUAAGGGGAAGGGAGGGAGUUGAGACUGUAUCUUUCUGCCCAGUAAUGUCGCUCCCUGUUCUCAUUAACACAAGGCCAACCUCCUCUGCUACUCGAACAACACAUUAGAUUUUUCAAUGGUUUUAAAGUAGACCUGCUACCAUAACAAAGAUUGUGCUGGAAUAGUUUUCCUAGUUUCUGUGUGAGAUAUGGAGCAAAACAACCACCUCUAGCUGUCUGUUUGAAAGUGAUCUGAAAACGUUGACCCACUUUCUGGACAGUUCCACCUCACAUCCCAUUGACACAAUUGGCAUACUUGUAUUACAUAGUAGCCUACAAUGUGCAACUACAGUGGGGAAAAAAAGUAUUUAGUCAGCCACCAAUUGUGCAAGUUCUCCCACUUAAAAAGAUGAGAGAGGCCUAUAAUUUUCAUCAUAGGUACACGUCAACUAUGACAGACAAAAUGAGGAAAAAAAAUCCAGAAAAUCACAUUGUAGGAUUUUUUAUGAAUUUAUUUGCAAAUUAUGGUGGAAAAUAAGUAUUUGGUCAAUAACAAAAGUUUCUCAAUACCUUGUUACAUACCCUUUGUUGGCAAUGACACAGGUCAAACGUUUUCUGUAAGUCUUCACAAGGUUUUCACACACUGUUGCUGGUAUUUUGGCCCAUUCCUCCAUGCAGAUCUCCUCUAGAGCAGUGAUGUUUUGGGGCUGUCGCUGGGCAACACGGACUUUCAACUCCCUCCAAAGAUUUUCUAUGGGGUUGAGAUCUGGAGACUGGCUAGGCCAUUCCAGGACCUUGAAAUGCUUCUUACGAAGCCACUCCUUCGUUGCCCGGGCGGUGUGUUUGGGAUCAUUGUCAUGCUGAAAGACCCAGCCACGUUUCAUCUUCAAUGCCCUUGCUGAUGGAAGGAGGUUUUCACUCAAAAUCACAUGAUACAUGGCCCCAUUCAUUCUUUCCUUUACACGGAUCAGUCGUCCUGGUCCCUUUGCAGAAAAACAGCCCCAAAGCAUGAUGUUUCCACCCCCAUGCUUCACAGUAGGUAUGGUGUUCUUUGGAUGCAACUCAGCAUUCUUUGUCCUCCAAACACGACAAGUUCUAUUUUGGUUUCAUCUGACCAUAUGACAUAUGACAUUCUCCCAAUCCUCUUCUGGAUCAUCCAAAUGCACUCUAGCAAACUUCAGACGGGCCUGGACAUGUACUGGCUUAAGCAGGGGGUCACGUCUGCACUGCAGGAUUUGAGUCCCUGGCGGCGUAGUGUGUUACUGAUGGUAGGCUUUGUUACUUUGGUCUCAGCUCUCUGCAGGUCAUUCACUAGGUCCCCCCAUGUGGUUCUGGGAUUUUUGCUCACCGUUCUUGGGAUCAUUUUGACCCCACGGGGUGAGAUCUUGCGUGGAGCCCCAGAUCGAGGGAGAUUAUAAGUGGUCUUGUAUGUCUUCCAUUUCCUAAUAAUUGCUCCCACAGUUGAUUUCUUCAAACCAAGCUGCUUACCUAUUGCAGAUUCAGUCUUCCCAGCCUGGUGCAGGUCUACAAUUUUGUUUCUGGUGUCCUUUGACAGCUCUUUGGUCUUGGCCAUAGUGGAGUUUGGAGUGUGACUGUUUGAGGUUGUGGACAGGUGUCUUUUAUACUGAUAACAAGUUCAAACAGGUGCCAUUAAUACAGGUAACGAGUGGAGGACAGAGAAAACUCUUAAAGAAGAAGUUACAGGUCUGUGAGAGCCAGAAAUCUUGCUUGUUUGUAGGUGACCAAAUACUUAUUUUCCACCAUAAUUUGCAAAUAAAUUCAUUAAAAAUCCUACAAUGUGAUUUUCUGGAUUUUUUUUCCUCAAUUUGUCUGUCAUAGUUGACGUGUACCUAUGAUGAAAAUGACAGGCCUCUCUCAUCUUUUUAAGUGGGAGAACUUGCACAAUUGGUGGCUGACUAAAUACAUUUUUUCCCCACUGUACUACAAACUGCAAUGUUGCAACAAUGUUUCAGCUUAAUAAAAGCCAGAGAAGACUUGAUAAAGUAGCUAGCGCUUACUCUGGGAUAUGCUUCCAGUGUAGCAGCUAAAAAACCUCCAAUGACAGGCUGUACUGCUUUCACUACGCCCCUAGGGUACCAGCUUUAACUGUCUCUCCUCCUCUUGUCCUCCCUUCUCCAAGGCUCUUGGCCUGCCCGUCACCGAAGCCCAGGUGGCAGAGAUGGAGAGCCACGCUGAGGACAUCGACUUUGCCAUGGCGGCAGAGGAGGAGAAAAAGCUGAGGCACGACGUCAUGGCCCACGUGCACACCUUCGCCCACUGCUGCCCCACCGCUGCUCCCAUCAUCCACCUGGGCGCCACUUCCUGUUACGUGGGAGACAACACAGUAAGAGAGGCCCAGUCCCAAAUAGACCUCUAGACCUGAGAUGGUUUGAGAGGUGUAGGCAUUGUUACCUAGUAGGCUAGGUGAAAGUUUGACCAUAUUGCUUAUACCAAUCAAAUCCUCUUAGAUCUCCACAAGGGCAAUUGCCUUGGAGGUUCAUUUUGGAUUGGGACAUGUAUCCUACAUGCAACAGACUGCAGACAGUUACUUUUAGACCCAAAGGACCAUGUUAUUUUAGGAUGAGUGUGCUGAAUGGUCACGUUUGUUUCUCAUGGGUGUAUAUAUACACUGCUCAAAAAAAUAAAGGGAACACUUAAACAACACAAUGUAACUCCAAGUCAAUCACACUUCUGUGAAAUCAAACUGUCCACUUAGGAAGCAACACUGAUUGACAAUAAAUGUCACAUGCUGUUGUGCAAAUGGAAUAGACAACAGGUGGAAAUUAUAGGCAAUUAGCAAGACACCCCCAAUAAAGGAGUGGUUUUGAAGGUGGUGACCACAGACCACUUCUCAGUUCCUAUGCUUCCUGGCUGAUGUUUUGGUCACUUUUGAAUGCUGGCGGUGCUUUCACUCUAGUGGUAGCAUGAGACGGAGUCUACAACCCACACAAGUGGCUCAGGUAGUGCAGCUCAUCCAGGAUGGCACAUCAAUGCGAGCUGUGGCAAGAAGGUUUGCUGUGUCUGUCAGCGUAGUGUCCAGAGCAUGGAGGUGCUACCAGGAGACAGGCCAGUACAUCAGGAGACGUGGAGGAGGCUGUAGGAGGGCCUUUGUGCAAGGAGGAGCAGGAGGAGCACUGCCAGAGCCCUGCAAAAUGACCUCCAGCUCAUGUGUCUGCUCAAACAGUCAGAAACAGACUCCAUGAGGGUGGUGUGUGGGCCCGACGUCCACAGGUGGGGGUUGUGCUUACAGCCCAACACCGUGCAGGACGUUUGGCAUUUGCCAGAGAACACCAAGAUUGGCAAAUUCGCCACUGGCGCCCUGUGCUCUUCACAGAUGAAAGCAGGUUCACACUGAGCACAUGUGAUAGACGUGACAGAGUCUGGAGAUGCCGUGGAGAACGUUCUGCUGCCUGCAACAUCCUCCAGCAUGACCGGUUUGGCGGUGGGUCAGUCAUUUGCUCGCCACAGGUAGCCUGACUGCCAUUAGGUACCGAGAUGAGAUCCUCAGACCCCUUGUGAGACCAUAUGCUGCUGCGGUUGGCCCUGGGUUCCUCCUAAUGCAAGACAAUGCUAGACCUCAUGAGACUGGAGUGUGUCAGCAGUUCCUGCAAGAGGAAGGCAUUGAUGCUAUGGACUGGCCCGCCCGUUCCCCAGACCUGAAUCCAAUUGAGCACAUCUGGGACAUCAUGUCUCUCUCCAUCCACCAACGCCACGUUGCACCACAGACUGUCCAGGAGUUGGCGGAUGCUUUAGUCCAGGUCUGGGAGGAGAUCCCUCAGGAGACCAUCCGCCACCUCAUCAGGAGCAUGCCCAAGCAUUGUAGGGAGGUCAUACAGGCACGUGGAGGCCACACACACUACUGAGCCUCAUUUUGACUUGUUUUAAGGACAUUACAUCAGUUGGAUCAGCCUGUAGUGUGGUUUUCCACUUUAAUUUUGAGGGUGACUCCAAAUCCAGACCUCCAUGGGUUGAUAAAUUUGAUUUCCAUUGAUCAUUUUUGUGUGAUUGUGUUGUCAGCACAUUCAACUAUGUAAAGAAAAAAGUACUUAAUAAGAUUAUUUAAUUAAUUCAGAUCUAGGAUGUGUUAUUUUAGUGUUCCCUUAAUUUUUUUGAGCAGUGUACAUCUUUGAGAUUAUUAUGCAUAAUGACUGAUAUGCCUGCUGUUUUUCCUCUCAGGAUUUGAUCGUGCUUCGUGACGGUUUUGACAUUCUCCUGCCGAAGGUAAGUUAGUGGUUAGAGACCAGGGAGGAUUAGUACUACUACCCCUAGGGCAGCACUAGAUACUGAUAUUAUACUGUAAAGUUAUGUGCGUCUUUGUGUUGAAAAUGUCUGAGAAAGUCAACCAAGUAUGAUACUGUACAGUCGUGGUCAAAAGUUUUGAGAAUGACACAAGUAUUGGUCUUCACAAAGUUUGCUGCUUCAGUGUUUUUAGAUAUUUUUGUCAGAUGUUACUAUGGUAUACUGAAGUAUAAUUACAAGCAUUCCAUAAGUGUCAAAGGCUUUUAUUGACAAUUACAUUAAGUUCAUGCAAAGAGUCAAUAUUUGCAGUGUUGACCCUUCUUUUUCAAGACCUCUGCAAUCCGCCCUGGCAUGCUGUCAAUUAACUUCUGGGCCACAUCCUGACUGAUGGCAGCCCAUUCUUGCAUAAUCAAUGCUUGGAGUUUGUCAGAAUUUGUGGGUUUUUGUUUGUCCACCCGCCUCUUAAAGAUUGCCUACAUGUUCUCAAUGGGAUUAAGGUCUGGGGAGUUUCCUGGCCAUGGACCCAAAAAUGUCGAUGUUUUGUUCCCCAAAAGUUAUCACUUUUGCCUUAUGGCAAUGCUGGAAAAGGCAUUGUUCUUCACCAAACUGUUCUUGGAUGGUUGGGAGAAGUUGCUCUCGGAGGAUGUGUUGGUACCAUUCUUUAUUCAUGGCUGUGUUCUUAGGCAAAAUUGUGAGGGAGCCCACUCCCUUGGCUGAGAAGCAACCCCACACAUGAAUGGUCUCAGGACGCUUUACUGUUGGCAUGACACAGGACUGAUGGUAGCGCUCACCUUAUCUUCUCCGGACAAGCUUUUUUCCGGAUGCCCCAAACAAUCGGAAAGGGGAUUCACCAGAGAAAAUGACUUUACCCCAGUCCUCAGCAGUCCAAUCCCUGUACCUUUUGCAGAAUAUCAGUCUGUCCCUGAUUUUUUUCCUGGAGAGCGGUGGCUUCCUCGCUGCCCUUCUUGACACCAGGCCAUCCUCCAAAAGUAUUCGCCUCACUGUGCUUGCAGAUGCACUCACACCUGCCUAAUGCCAUUCCUGAGCAAGCUCUGCGCUGGUGGUGCCCCGAUCCCACAGCUGAAUCAACUUUAGGAGACGGUCCUGGCGCUUGCUGGACUUUCUUGGGCGCCCUGAAGCCUUCUUCACAACAAUUGAACCUCUCUUUGAAGUUCUUGAUGAUCUGAUAAAUGGUUGAUUUAGGUGCAAUCUUACUAGCAGCAAUAUCCUUGCCUGUGAAGCCCUUUUUGUGCAAAGCAAUGAUGACGCCACGUGUUUCCUUGCAGGUAACCAUGGUUAACAGAGGAAGAACAAUGAUUUCAAGCACCACCCUCCUUUUAAAGCUUCCAGUCUGUUAUUCUAACUCAAUUAGCAUGACCGAGUGAUCUCCAGCCUUGUCUUCGUCAACACUCUUUCACCUGUGUUAACGAGAGAAUCACUGACAUGAUGUCAGCUGGUCCUUUUGUGGCAAAGAGGGACUUUGCAAUUCAUCUGAUCACUCUUCAUAACAUUCUGGAGUAUAUGCAAAUUUCCAUCAUAUAAACUGAGGCAGCAGACUUUGUGAAAAUUUAUAUUUGUGUCAUUCUCAAAACUUUUGACCACGACUGUAUAUCACUCAUCACUUCCGUAAUCUAAAAACAAUUUUCUGUCUCUGUAGUUGGCCAGAGUGAUCGACAGACUAUCAAACUUUGCUGAAAAAUAUGCUGGUCUCCCAACCCUGGGUUUCACACAUUACCAGUAAGUAUGAACGCCUCAGGAGGUACUAACUUCUAUAUUAGUCCAUGAGCGUGACCUUCAAAUUUGGCCCCUCGGGCUCACUUUUGAGGACGAUGUCUCAUAGUGAUUUUCUUCAAGGUCUAUGUCCCUAGAGUUGGAAAAUGUGAUAGCAGUGCAGCAAUGGUAGCUUUCUCACUCUUUAUUCCAUCCCCUGCAUUUGUCCCAUAGGGAUUUUACCCUAUGACAAACAAUGUCAGUGUAGAACAAGUUAUUGCUCACGUAUAGCCUUUAAUCAUAUAUCAUUGGAAAUCUUAGUUUCACAGCUAUCCAUCAGACAUAUUUUUGGAAUGUUCAGGUCAAUAGAACCUUGACCUUUGACCUCCUAGGGUACAUUUUAAGAAUUACCUGUAUAAAUCGCUUAAAAAAGAAACACUGACACAUUCUAAUCUUUGUUUGACAAGUGGUUCUGAAAGGUCAUGAAUUUAACUUUCAAAUGAUUUAUAAUAUAACCAACUUUGAAAGCACCAGCUACAGCUAUUGUUUAAAACGAGGCCAUAUUGUGCCAUUAGAAUGUUGGAAGCUUAGCCAUAGAAUUCCAUGUAGUGGGGCAGAUAUGUUUUUGAAUUGUAACUUUGGUGAUGGAAGCACCACGUUUCACACACACAGCUAGAGCAGGCUUUUAAAAAGAUUUGUGGAUACAGAGCUAUCACAGGAUUCACGUAUUAACCCCACAGAAGCCUUUUUCCAAUAUGGCCGCCAAACAACUCAAUAGGGUCUUAUUGGAUCAAUUUCGCAUGAUCAUACGUCUAUGAAAUAUAAUUGGAGCAUGCCCAAUAAUAUCUUUAAAUGUUCAUAGUGAUGUAGAAUACACAACCAAAUGAGCAAAGUGUGCAGAUAAAAAGAAUAUUCACAGAAUUGUGGUUAGAAUGUGCCCAAAAAGAUUUCUGAAUCGCUGAUUUCUGAAGAUGUCAUGAUCAAUAAUUGUAAUAUUUUAUCUUCAAACAUGUAAAAUGGAUAUGUUCAAGUGAAUAGUCAUGGAUGUGAGCUGAUUAAAAUUAUAUACAAUGUUAUCCUAUUAACUAUUGGUAAUGACCUUUCAGAACCACUUGUCAAACAAAUAUUAAAAUGUAUCAGGGUUUCCUUUAAAAAAAAAUGUAUACAGGUAAUUAUGAUAUGCGCCCAAGAGGUUAUAUUGAUCAGAUUAUUAUUUUUUUUUGUCUGAUUGGUAUCUGUGAAUCAAAGCUUUCCAAUGAUAUAUGAAUAAAGGGUUUACGUGAGCAUAUAACUUGUUGUAUACUGACAUUGUUGUAUACUGACACAUUUCCAACUCUAGGGACAUAGACCUUCAAGGAAAUCACUGAGACAUUGUCAGCCCAAGUGAGCCUGACCCCCCCUCCCCCAUUGUGGAUAUAUCCCAUUUGUCUAUGAACACUCGUGUUCCUCUCGGAUUAAAGAGUGAUAUAUUCAGUGCUUCUGACUCCACUUUAAUCCCUCUGCCUUAUAUUUCUCAGUCUUCAUCUUUCAGUUUAAUUUUUAUUAGAAUCUUUAUUUCUCCCCUCCACAUUUUAGUAUUUUAUUUUAACUUUUCUUCUCCUUCUCUCACCUUUUUAUAUUUUAUAUUUUUCUCAUCCACCUCUCUCUCUCUAUCUAUCUAUACCAGGCCGGCCCAGUUGACCACAGUGGGUAAGAGAGCAUGUCUGUGGCUCCAGGACCUUGUCAUGGACAUGCGGAACCUUCAACGCGGCCGCGAAGACCUGCGUUUCCGUGGGGUGAAGGGUACUACGGGCACCCAGGCCAGCUUCCUGCAGCUCUUCCAGGGGGACCAUGAUAAGGUGGAGGAUCUGGACAGAAUGGUCACCGAGAUGGCAGGCUUCAAAAAGUCAGUUCAAUUUAUAAUUGUAUGUCAACAGUCUCUUGAGUUUCCUAUUUACCACAAGUUUUGUCAUUUGAGCCAAGUAAAAACAAAUCCCUCAAAUCCCUUUUUUAGGUUCAUUUUCUUAAAUCCUGUUAAUUUUUCCUCCCAGGGCCUACAUGGUGACCGGACAGACGUACAGUCGUAAGGUGGACAUCGACUCCCUCUCUCACCUGGCCAGCAUGGGAGCCACCAUCCACAAGGUUGAGAUUAGAUUUUACUUUAGGGGAAAUCAAUUUGUCAUCCUUACAGCCAUAAAUCACACGUCUGUCUACGGAGAAACAAUGCCUCCUGGUGGUCUUUGACAGUAGUGGAAUGACCCACAGGUAAUAAAUUGUACUCUCUUCCUCAGAUCUGCACUGACAUCCGCCUGCUGGCUAACCUUAAAGAGAUUGAGGAGCCUUUUGAAAAGGAGCAGAUCGGUGAGUCGUAAGAAGGAAAUUGGUCCACUUCCUACCCAGGUACAGGGGAAUCUAAUCCCAAAGCUAAGGUGAAUCUCAAUUGUAUUUCCUUGAUUCCUUGCGUCCUCUCUCCUUGCCUCUUUCUUGAAGCGGAUUGGAGCAAAAUAUCAGAAGAUCUUUUCCCUCUGAUCUUCUGCUCCACUGUGCUUCGAGAAGGAGCUGUGGAGGAAGGAUGUGAGGAAUCAAUAAAAACAAUUGAGUUUCAGCCCUAGAUUUCACUUUGAUUAAGGCACCAACCAGUAAACCAUCCUGAUGGCUCAGAGUAAACAGCUAGUUUCAGUUAUUUCCUAAAUGCCAACCCAUUGUUACUUGUCUGGGUCCCACUGACUGUCUCUCCCCCACCAGGCUCCAGUGCCAUGCCCUACAAGAGGAACCCGAUGCGUUGUGAGCGUUGCUGUAGUCUGGCCCGCCACCUGAUAGCGCUGCUCGCUGACCCCCUCCAGACCGCCUCGGUCCAGUGGUUGGAAAGAACACUGGACGACAGUGCCAACAGGAGAAUCUCUCUCCCUGAGUCUUUCCUUACCGCUGACAUCAUCCUCAGCACCCUGCAGAACAUCACUGAAGGCCUGGUGGUCUACCCCAAGGUAGAUUCAUAGAGUAGUAGGCUUUUCCAGCCAGAAAUGAUUGAGGAUUAAAAAAAACAACACCAGAGGCUUAUUUCCAUUGUUGUCCUCAUAAGGUAUUAUCACCAACACAGUCCUUGUCAUUUCAUGAGUAAUGCACACUCAACUACACUUUCCCACAGUACGUCUGUUGGCAAUGACACAUCACAGAGGAACAACAUUCAACUCACACUGUCUUGUAUGUUAUGUAGGGGUGUAACGGUAUACGUAUUCAUACCCGAACCGCUCGGUACGGGGACCUCGGUUUCGUCAGCACUAUGAACCUGAGACAGAAUUGGAGGGUCCUUCAUCAUCAUUUCAAUCUCCAGUUUGGGAACAUUUUGGCUUCCCAGUAGAAGCAAAAAUGUAUUGAACUUAAGAGGAAAUCAACUAAAUGUAUUACAUUUAUUAGAACAUUAAUUUGCCCAAGAUGAUGAUAAGACAUGAAUAAAAUGUAAUUCCUAUUUUCCUUUAACUUUCUGAAGAGGCAACGGCGCGGGAACGCCCCUUUCUGUGUAUAGCCGUAAACAAUGAUGCUAAUGACAACAGUCUUCUGGUAGAUGGAAAGGCUUUCCCAAAAACCUUCUCAAUGAAAUGUUAACUACAAAGUAAUAUAUGUAUACCUGGCAGAAUGAUACACCCAAAAAUGAAAAUGUCUUAGAUUUUUGCUAGACCUAAAAAAAUUAUGUUUGAUGUGGUUUAAGCAUUGUUGUGGGCUUUGAACCUUCAAUGUUGUUUUUUCUAUGAAAGUGAUUUUGACAGUGGAAAACGGGGGACAAUCAGAAACCUGGAAAAACGGAAUUAGCCAAAAAAAUAAACCCAUUUUAUUGGGCCCUACAUUAUAUGGAUCAUAUCAUGAUCUAUUCCUAGGUUAGUUUGACAUAUUUUUCCAAAACUAAAAUUAACUACAGUAACUGUUGGCAUUUAAUUUUCCUGCUGUACCGAAACUGAACCGUGAUCCCCAAAACCGCAAUAUGUACCAAACCCUGGGUUUGGUGAACCUUUACACCCCUAAUGUUAUGUAUCCCUUUCUCAUCAUUAUAAUGUUCAUCUCUCGCUCUUUCUCUAAGGUGAUAGAGAGACACAUCCGUCAUGAGCUUCCCUUCAUGGCUACAGAGAACAUAAUCAUGGCUAUGGUGAAGGCUGGAGGCAACAGACAGGUACUUACCCUUCUAGUACAGCAUGACACAUCACUUAUUAGAACAGAACAUAUUUUUCUCAGACUCCACGUUGCAUAAUUAGUCCUGGAUUAUAUAUUUCCUUUACACUUUUUCCUAGCUUCACUUGAGUGUAGCACAUCUAUUCCUCCGUCUUUAAAAAAAUAUUUAAUUUGAAAAAAUAGUUGAUACAUUGUGUAAUUACAUCGCCUGGAAUAACCAAGAGCACAGGCCAGUCUGAGUAGGCUUUUCAGUUGCAAGUUCGCUGUCACGCAACCUCUGAGUGACAUCGAGGAACAAUGAAGCACAGUUUCGAGACAGGCAUGCUUGCAGCUUUACAGCAAAGAAAAUGCCUCGUCUCUAGCCUAAAUGGUUAAUAAAAUAUGACCCAUAUUACUGGAGCUGCCAUUUUUUUAUCAUUUCACAAACCAUGUUGCGUUCCGUUUUAAACUAAUCCCGGGUUGCUAAUUAUUGGGUUGAUAACAAACAACGUUGUUCAGUCAUGUCAUGUUAACUAGCUAGCUAACAACCUGGUAACUUGACACUAGGUUUAGGCUAAUUUGAUUGGCGCAGGAAGAAAGGGUCUGCUACUCAUGAGAUGUGCUUCAAAGGUAGGAUUAAUAUAGGCCUAAUGUAAGCCUAAACUAUACCAAAAAUAUAUAUCUUUCUGGUGCUCCUUAAAUUCUGUUUGGCGCCUAACGCUUUUAGUUUGGUGCCUAAGUUGGGAACUGUGUGUGUGUGUGUUAGAGAGAGAGCGAGAGAGAGGCCGAUGGAGGGAGGGAGAGUGUGUGUCUGUGUUAACUGAAGAGUAAAUGUUUCAUGCAGUGUUUUCCCCUUACUGCCACAAUGACAUGCAGAUCAUUAUGCAUGUAUAUUCCUUAAUUCUUCCCAUUCCUCCAGACAAAUCACAGGUAGGCCUUUGCAAAUAUGAGCAAAUCAGCCAUUCUAUGCAGUAUUCUAUUAUACAGUGAACAGUGUGAAGUUAAUUCAAUAUGUGUUGUAUUGAGUAAAAGUGUAAAUAUUAGUAACAGGUUUUUGGCGUAGCACAUGCGCAUUAACGUUUGGAAAACGGGAACAAACAUCUAGGGGGGUGUACAGGAUGCUAGGCCACUGAUUGUCCACCAGAGCUGUUGCCAGAGAGUUUAAUGUUAAUUUCUCUACCAUAAGCCGCAUCCGACGUCAUUUUAGAGAAUUUGGCAGUAUGUCCCACUGGCCUCACAACCGAUGACCAUGUGUAACCACGCCAGCCCAGGACCUCAACAUCCGGCUUCUUCACCUGCGGGAUCGUCUGAGACCAGCCACCCGGACUGCUGAUGAAACUGUGUGUUUGCACAACCGAAGAAUUUCUGCACAAACUGUCAAAAACCGUCUCAGGGAAGCUCAUCUGCGUGCUCGUCGUCCUCACCAGGGUCUUGACCUGACUGCAGUAGGGGAUCGUAACUGACUUCAGUGGGCAAAUGCUCACCUUCGAUGGCCACUGGCAUGCUGGAGAAGUGCGCUCUUCAUGGAUUAAUCCCGGUUUCAACUUUACCGGGGAGAUGGCGUGUUGGGGAGCGUUUUGCUGAUGUCAACAUUGUGAACAGAGUGCCCCAUGGUGGCAGUGGGGUUAUGGUAUGGGCAGGCAUAAGCUACGGACAACAAACACAACUGCAUUUUAUCUAUGGCAAUUUUAAUGCACAGAAAUACCGUGAUGAGAUCCUGAGUCCCAUUGUCGUGCCGUUCAUCCGCCGCCAUCACCUCAUGUUUCAGCAUGAUAAUGCACGGCCCCAUGUCGCAAGGAUCUGUACACAAUUCCUGGAAGCUGAAAAUGUUCCAGUUCUUCCAUGGCCUGCAUACUCACCAGACAUGUCACCAAUAUCCAGUUCCCGCCAAUAUCCAGCAACUUUGUACAGCCAUUGAAGAGGAGUGGAACAAAAUUCCAUGGCCACAAUCAACAGCCUGAUCAACUCUAUGCGAAGGAGAUGUGUCCGCUGCAUGAAGCAAAUGGUGGUCACACCAGAUACUGACUGGUUUUCUGAUCCACUCCACUACAUUCUUUAAAAAAUAUAUUUCUGUGACCAACAGAUUCAUAUCUAUAUUCCCAGUCAAAAUCUUUGAAAUUGUUGCGUUUUAUAUUUUUGUUCAGUGUAUUAUUGUGUAAUCACACAGUAACAGUUUCUCUUGUUCUUGCUCUAGGACUGCCAUGAGAAGAUCCGUGUGUUGUCCCAGCAGGCUGCAACCGUGGUGAAACAGGAGGGGGGGGACAAUGACCUCUUGGCCAGGGUCCAGGCUGACCCCUACUUCGCCCCUAUCCUGGGCCAUCUAGACAACAUCUUGGACCCCAAGACCUUCAUCGGCCGCGCCCCCCAACAGGUACUAUACAGAACACCCCAGUACCCGUUAUCUUUGUUUUUCACAACUUGGCCUCAGAGUAUUGUAAUAUCAUUUUAAAAGACCUGUAGUUAAAUAUAAAAGGAUCUCCAGCACACUGGGGGUCUUGAUACAGAUUUAAUGGUGGCAAAAAGAUCCAUUCAAUAUGUUGAGCAUCAAUAUCACUAGUGUGCUCUUUUGUAUUUAGUACAGUAUACAGUUUUUCUCCAUGCACCUGUAGUCGACGCACCCAAACUCAUCAUUCUCUCUCUCUCUCUCUCUCUCUCUCAGGUGGCGAGGUUUCUCUCUGAGGAGGUACGCCCUCUGCUGGAACCUUACAAGGCCCAGAUUGACAUCAAGAUCGAGCUGGAGCUCUAAAACCGGAGACACUCCUGACCUGUAUAACGACUAACCAAAAUCUAAAACUGACCCUUAUCUUAAUCUGAACCUAA